GUCGAAAAGUUGAUCGAGUGAAAGCUCACGUAUAUGGGGGGGGGGGGGGGGCGAGGACGCACUCUAUAAGACUGUGUCAGCACAUCCGAAAAUGCCCACAUGGGUCCCAGAAUACUUUGCCGAGGGUGAUCCAUUUAUUUUGCGUUUUGUACGUGCAUUAGAAAGGUCGACCGAUUCCAUUACAAUCUUCUUGAACUCAAAUGUGCAAAGAAAAAAAUCACGAUUUCAUUGUAAGGCAUUCAUAAAUAUGUGAGGCUUGGCGCCAUGCAUAUGCUGUGGCAUUGCUCUACAAUUUUUUUGUCAAGCAAUUUUGCCUGAUUAAGAACGCCUUGCGCCCGGCGUGCGUCUUGCUUCACAGCUCGCAGCUUCCAGUGGCUCGAUUAACACGUGGGCCAAACUGUAAUAAUGCCUAGUACGGAUGUAGUUGUGAUCAUUUUCGUGUAUGCCACCUCGCGCUGGGACACUUGCGUGGCUUUUUGCGGCUUUUGUUCGAGACAUCACUGACGUUCAUGCGAUGUUGCUUGUCAGUGUUGGGAAGUAGUUUUCGAGCACGAGUUUGGAAAAUAUCAGAAUGGUUAAAUUCGUUACGGAGACCUAAAGAGGAUGUUGUAUGCUAAUUGGGAGGCGAUAUCCAUACUUGUCAACAGUCAACGCUAUCUACCAGAUUUAAAUGAAUGAGAUUCACUGGUCAUCUAGUAUAGCUCAGUAAAUAGCUCGCUGAUACUGAGGAAAUGUACUUGUACUGGUGGCAUUCUAACGUCGAACUGAUAACAUCUGUUGUUAAAUUUCAGGUUGAGGACAAGUGCCAGGGGAAGUACAUCGUGUGUUUCGAUCCGCUGGAUGGCUCGUCCAACAUCGACUGCCUGGUCUCCAUCGGAUCUAUCUUCGGCAUCUACAAGCGGACCACGGACGGCGCUCCUACCGUGGGCGACACGCUGCAGGCGGGCCGCCACCUGGUGGCCGCCGGAUACGCUCUCUACGGUAGCGCCACCAUGAUGGUGCUCAGCACCGGACAGGGAGUCAACGGAUUCAUGCUCGACCCGGCCAUCGGUGAGUUCGUGCUGACCGACCCCAACAUGCGGAUCAAGCCCCGCGGCAAGAUCUACAGCUUGAACGAGGGCUACGCCAACAAGUGGGACGACGCCAUCCGCGAGUACGUCAACAGCAAGAAGCAGGGACCGAAGCCGUAUGGUGGCCGCUACAUCGGCUCGAUGGUCGCUGACGUGCACCGCACGCUGAAAUACGGCGGUAUCUUCAUGUACCCAGCCACGGCGGACGCGCCCAAGGGAAAGCUGCGCCUCAUGUACGAGUGUAACCCGAUGGCCUUCAUCAUUGAACAGGCCGGCGGCAAGUCGAGUAACGGCUCGGUGAGCAUCCUGGACAUCCAGCCGGAGGCGAUCCACCAGCGGUCGCCCAUCUUCUUGGGCUCCUCAGAGGACGUGGAGGAGGUCCUCGCCUGCAUCGCCAAGCACAAGCAGUAGCCGGCCGGGCGGCGAGGCCAGGACGAGGCCAGUCGGGCCGAGACGCGGUGGUUGGGCUCUGUUGGACGGAGGUGGCAAAAUGAUAUUUUGAUAACCAGUAUAUUGUGGAUGUUAUUCAUUCCGAUUGUUUUGAAUGAAUUUAUUCUAGAGCACGCUAUGACCGUUAGGAAUGGAAGUAGAGUUUGAAAUACACGGGACUCGCACUA